AUGCGGGGCAGCGAGAACAGAUCUACAAUUCCUGGUAUGAACCAAGACAGUGGCUCUGGCUCUUUGUCAGCUGUACCCAAGAACACAGCUCGGUCGUCAGCGACAUACACGCCCACAACCGAUGAUGGAAUGACAAUCCUGUCGCGCGAAAAAAAACCUCGUGAGUGUGUCGAAUUGGCGACACGGCUUGCUGCAGACAUCAUAGCCAUCGAUGCGCUGUAUGAAGCGAGUACGCUACGUGAUGGUAAUCGAGACCGGACUAGCGUUAUAGCGUACCUCGCCCAACAACGCAAUCAGCACGCCAAGAUGCUGGGAGUUUCUCUUCGCAUCAAAAUUAAGGCCGACAAAGCUUGCUUCCUUCUGGAACACCAAGAGAUCAUCCUCCUCGGAGGCAAGUUUUGUUUCAGAGAGCUCAACACCCGCCUCAACAUGCUCAAGUUGUAUGUUUUGAGUCGUGAAUCUAGCGGCGGUGAUGACGACCGCAACCUGGCACGUGUUCAAACAAAAGUCCGUGCAUCUCUUCGAAGCGCACGGCUUUUAGAUACCGCUCGUAGAGCACCAAGUCUCAUCGGUGUAGACAGCGGCAGCUGCCAGGACAAGAAGAGACAAGCAACAGUGUCAGUCGACUGUGCAGCAGGCGCGAUCGGUGCGGAUAUUAUUUCCCAGUCGCCGAGAGCGAUGUCUUUGCAGCUAGUGCUCCAGCAAGAUGCUAUUUAG